GUUAUCUCUAACAGAUCUCUCCAAGGCAACUGCUGCUAUUUAUCGUGUAUCACUUUCGGUUCUGACUCACUGCUGGUCUGCCCCGCCCACAGCACGAGAAACGAAACUAGAGCAGCAUUUAAAGCCGCUGAGGAGAUGAAGAAGACGCAGUAUCACUGAAGACACCAGACGCAGAAAAUAAAUUUACUAUAGAAUGGCAAAUCCAAGAGGAGGACCACAAAGAGGAAGAGGGGGCUUCAGUGUUCCUCCAAGAAGAGAUGGUUCUGUGCCUGGCCACAGACAAGCUAGUGUGUCUCCCAAUCGAAGAAGAGGAAGUGGGGGAAGAGGGGAAGGAGGAGGAGGAAGAGGAGGUGGGGGAGGAGGAGGAAGAGGUGGAGGAAUAGGAGGUGGGGGAAGAGGAAGUGGCCAAGGAGGAAGAGGAAGAGGAGGUGGACGAGGAAGAGGAAGUGGAGGAGAAAGGGACGGAAGGGGUCGAGGUGAUAGAAGUCACCAACACACUGGUGAAAGUACAAACAGCCUGUGGGAAAGAUGGACAGAUGGAAUAACUCAAAGUGCAAGAGGAAGAGAUGGAAGAGGACAGAGGAAAGGGGAAAAUAAGCAACAUCAUCAGGGAAAUGCUGUCCACCGUCCUAUAAUAAUGGGAGGUGCGACACAUUUACCUUCACCUUACCAAGGGAAAUUUGGGAGAUCUCUUCCUGGGUUGAUGCAAUUAAACCUGACCCCAUCUUCAAUGCAACAACCCAUGAAUUCAAGACACGACCUUGAAGGCAUGAGUCUCCAAAGAACAAGUGGAGGCAUGAGUGAUUUAAGAGCCAGUCCACAAGGUGAAGCACGAACAGAAUCUCAAAGAGGUAGAGGUGGUCAUUGGAGAGGAAGAGGGAGAGAUGGCCCCCCUGAGGUACGCACACUUGGGUAUAAAACACUUGAAGGUCUGCUUGAGAAAGAAGCAUCCGAGGUGGCCAUCACUCUUUCAUCUAGCACUGGACUUAGGAAUCUGCUUGAGGAAAAGGUGAUGAGAAAUGACUUGGUGCAGCUGGUCUGUCAGGUUCUCUGCAAGGCCUUCCAGUCUCGAAUUGAUCGUAAUACAGUGAUGCACUUGGCUCGUGUCGUCAAGGACUCUCAGUUUUUUCUUAGCAUUCUGCCACAUCAUGUAACUGGAAUGAUGUCAGAUUACAUGCCAGCCCGAAGAGAUCAGUAUCCCCAGCAUUUGAGCAACAUCAUCAGCCUUGUCUCUGAUGUUCUCAACAUGUUUCCACAAAGUUCUGUGCAUUCCGUCUCCAUGUUGGUGACUCUUUUGAAACCAACCAUCAAUCAAUUGCGUGCCUCUGGUGUGGAUGUUCUCGCCAAUACUGAUCAGGACUUGGAGAGGGUGCAAGGUUUGGUAAACCAUCUCCAAGAGAAAUCAAGGGAAGGCACCUUGCGCUCAGAUAAAUACUCAUUCCUAACAGCUGAUGAAGAUGCCCCACCUGGGGAGGAAGACUUCAGGAUGAUGAGCAUUUAUCCCUCGUUUGAGGAGUUCCACCUUGAUCAGAAGCCUUUCUUGAGGCCGAACAUAAUCUCUCAAAGUUUCCCUAAUGCUCGGAUUUAUUUAGACACACACUUUCGACUUCUGCGUGAAGAUUUUGUGAGGCCACUGCGGGAGGGUGUCAAGGAGCUUUUGAGGAUACACCAUACUGAGAAAACUAAUGGAAUACCAAUGAAAAAUAGGCAAUUUGAUGACAUCAGGGUCUACUUUGACACCCGAGUGAUUUUACCACUUUGCACAUCAAUGGGAAUUGCCUACAAAGUGAAGUUUGACACAAGGCGCCUUCAGUUUGUCCGUUGGGAAAAUUCCAAACGCCUGCUUUACGGAUCCCUUGUCUGCCUCUCCAUGGACAACUUCGAAACCUUCCUGUUUGCCACUGUAACCGAUCGCGACCCAAAGCUACUGAGACAGGGAGAGGUGAAUCUCUGUUUUUCUCCUGACAGCAGAGCCGCUCUGGCCAGGGUUCAGCCCUCAGACUCAUUCCUGAUGGUCGAGACAACGGCUUAUUUUGAGGCCUACCGAUAUGUCCUAGAGGGUCUCCAGGAGCAAGAUGAGAAUGAUGUUCCCUUUCAAAGGUACAUUGUGGAAUGCAAAACAGAUGUAGAUCCUCCAGCUUAUCUCCUGGUGGAAGGAAGGUCAUAUGAUCUGUCAUGCAUCGCAGCAGAAGGGCAGGGGAAGAUUCCACCCUUCAAUCCUUUGACCCAAAAUGCCUGGCCUGAUGAGGAAAAAAUGGGUCUCGAUGAAAGCCAACUUCAAGCACUUAAACUGGCCUUAACCAAAGAGUUGGCCAUUAUACAAGGACCACCAGGAACAGGCAAGACGCAUGUAGGACUGAAGAUAGCUCAGGCUUUGCUAAAGAACCACGAGGCCUGGUCAAAUGGUUGCCCUAUGCUGGUGGUCUGCUAUACCAAUCAUGCUCUUGACCAGUUUCUGGAAGGUAUCCAUGGCUUCCUAAAAGAUGGGAUUGUGAGAGUUGGAGGACGAAGUAACAGUGAAACUCUGAAGCGUUUCGGUCUAAGAGAGUUGACCAGGUUCAAAGACUUCCGCAAAAAUUUGCCGCAGCACCUGAGAAGAGCUCAUCAUGAAAUCAGCAAUAAUAUGCAGGAAGCAGAAACUCUUUUAAAGGCGCAGUCGGCUCAGCUUGAGUGCAGCUUGCGAGGCGUCCUCAAAGAAGACUUCUUGGAAAAGUACAUCUCUGAACAGCACUGGCACAGUCUGUGUCUACAGCCUUUGAGUGAUGGAUUUGAGACUGUGGGGAAGAAGAAGCCUUCAAUGAUGGCAGAAUGGCUCGGCAUCGGAUUCUCCUUGUUUUUUCAGGGGCCACAACAAACAGAUGGAGAAGUGGCGGAAGAUGAAGACGGAGCUCAGCUGGAGGAAGAGGAGCUGAUAGAUAUCGAUGAAGAGGCAGAUCUGAUCCAGGCAGAGAGGAUAGUGGUGGACGCUGAACACGGAGAUAAAGACAAGUAUAAGCUGAAAGUAGAAGAGAAGAACAUCGCUGCCAUGGCGGAGCUGAUGCUGGCUUUAAACCUGAAUGAUGCUGAAGCACAGCCGGGCCAGAACCAGACACAGACUCACGGUCAUGCUCAGGCUGAUGAACAGGAAUGGCAGAUGCAAGGCCACCAGAAGAAAAAACUCCGGCAAAUGGCUCGAAAAGAGCUAAAGAAAACUUCAGCCAUGAGUGAGAAGGAAGAAAGGCGGAUCAGGGACGUUUGGAGCCUGAGUCUGAAGGACAGAUGGAAACUGUAUCGGCUCUGGGUUUUGCGCUAUCGCAGUGAUCUCCGCACUAAAGCUCUUGCUUCUGAACAAGUGUAUCAGGAGGCGGCGGAGCGUCUGAAUGAAAUCCGCCGUCAUGAGGACCUGUCUGUGCUGCGGCAGGCGCGGGUUGUGGGAAUGACCACCACUGGAGCUGCUAAAUACAGGCAGGCUCUUCAGCAGCUGCAGCCCAGGCUGGUGAUUGUGGAGGAGGCAGCAGAAGUGCUGGAGGCGCACACCAUUACCACACUCAGCAAAGCCUGCCAGCAUCUUAUACUGAUCGGAGACCACCAGCAGCUGAGGCCUAGUGCAACAGUGUAUGAACUUGCCAAGAAUUUCAGUCUGGAAGUGUCCAUGUUUGAGAGACUUGUCAGAGUGAACUUCCCAUUCGUGCGCCUCAACUACCAGCAUCGCAUGAGGCCAAGUAUCGCUCGCCUGUUGACUCCUCAUAUAUACUCAUCUCUGGAAAACCAUCCCUCUGUGCUGAAGUAUGACAAUGUCAAGGGAGUUCUUACAAAUCUCUUUUUCGUGGAUCACAUUCAACCUGAAGAAGAGAUUAAAGAUGGACGGAGCCACCAGAACCCACACGAAGCUCGUUUUGUGGUCGAGCUUUGUCAGUAUUUGCUGUUCCAGGACUAUAAGCCUUCCCAGAUUACCAUUCUGACUACAUACACCGGACAGCUUCACUGUCUGCGUAAGCUCAUGCCCUCUCCAAAGUUCUCUGGCGUCAAGGUCCAUGUUGUUGACAAGUAUCAAGGAGAGGAGAACGAUAUUAUUAUAUUGUCCCUAGUGCGCAGCAAUCCUCAAAGGAGGGUGGGCUUCCUGAACAUACCCAACCGUGUCUGCGUUGCGCUUUCUCGAGCUAAAAUGGGUCUGUAUUGUAUUGGAAAUAUGGACAUGCUCAGCUCGGUUACACUAUGGAGCAACAUCAUUCACACUCUGAGAGAGCAUGAUCAAGUGGGACCAGCUUUGACACUGAGCUGUCAGAACCAUCCAGAUAAACAGAUCCACGCAUCUUGCGGUAAUGACUUCAAAGGUGCCCCUGAAGGUGGUUGCGAUCAACCCUGUCAGUAUCGUCUGGACUGUGGCCACGUGUGCACCCGUAUGUGCCACCCAUAUGAUGCCGAACACAAGGAAUACAAGUGCAUGAAGGACUGCUCAAAGGUGCUGUGCGAACUGGGCCACAAAUGCACACGUCGCUGUCACCAAGAAUGCGGCAAAUGCAUGGUAUCUGUAGAUAAGAUAAUACCAUCAUGCCAGCACAAUCAGAAGGUGCCUUGCCACAAAGAUCCUGCAGAAUUCGUGUGUCAAGUACGAUGCGAAAAGACUCUUCCAUGUGGGCAUCCUUGCAAGGCGACCUGUGGAGAGUCCUGCACCUCUCAGUGCAUGGUGAGAGUUCCGAUAGAGCUGAAAUGUGGACACAUGCAAGAAGAACCAUGCUUUGUUUCUAGGGAUCACAAAAAUGAGCCAAGAUGUAACACCAAAUGUGGUACUGUCUUAAAAUGUGGCCAUUCUUGUCCAGGAACGUGCAAUGGAUGCCAUCAAGGUCGUCUUCAUAAAGCAUGCACCCACAAAUGCCAGCAAAUCCUAGUGUGUUCCCAUGAGUGUCGGGAGCCUUGCGUAAGGGAUUGUCCACCUUGUUCCUCUCGCUGCCAGAACCGCUGUGUUCACAGCGAGUGCAAGAAGACUUGCGGUCAGUCUUGUGCUCCUUGCAGGGAACCCUGUGCAUGGCAGUGUCCUCAUCACAGCUGCACCAAACUGUGUCACGAACCAUGUGAUCGUCCACCUUGUUCUGUUCCCUGUAACAAGACCUUGACCUGCGGACACCGCUGCAUAGGUCUGUGUGGAGAGCCUUGUCCCAAUAAGUGUAGGGUUUGUCAUAAAGAAGAGGUCACGGAGAUCUUCUUCGGCAGUGAGGAUGAACCAGACGCUUGUUUCAUUCAGCUUGAAGACUGCAAGCACUUGUUUGAGGUCACAGGAAUGGAUCAAUACAUGAAUCUUGAUGAGGAUCAAGGUGCUGAAUUGGAUCAAAGGGCGAUCCGACUUAAGGACUGUCCUAGGUGUCGUACUCCCAUCCGAAGAAACCUUCGAUACGGCACUCACAUCAACCGCAGUCUAGCAGCCAUCGAGAUGGUCAAGGAGAAGAUCAAUGGUGUGCCAGACAUUAUCAAGCAACAGCAGGAUGUCCUUAGCUUGGUAUUGAAUGAUAAGACAAACUUGAAAAAGUAUCUUCCUGACAAGUUUGUCUCACUUCAAGAGAAGCUUGACACAAAUGUCCUUUCAAUCCAGCAACUCUGGCAUCUCGAGAACUUGAUGAAUUUCCUUGAGAGUGUUGGAAAACUGAAAGCAACACAGGUCAAACAUGAGAGUACCAUUCUGGAAAGAUUACAAAAAAAUCAGCCAUUCUUUAGAAAAACUGAAGAAGUCUUGAGAUUUCUCUUAGAUCCCGCUCAGAGGUUUUCAGAGCAGCAGGUUGCAGAUCUCGGGCGUGAGUUGAAGAGACUGUCCUACCUGGCUGAACUCAACGAACGCUGCAGGAUGUCUCGGUUUAAAUCUCCAGAGGUUGUUCUUGGCACUGAAGUCCAACACCUAAGAGGCAUCCUGGAGGACACCUUACCUUUCUCUGAGGGUCUGGAGCGUACAGUCCAACAGAUGUUUACAAAGCUGGAUGUCAUACUGCCACGCAGUGGCCUGGGCAUCACUGAAGAGGAGAGGGUGAUGAUAGUCCAAGCCGUCGGUUUGAAUAAAGGCCAUUGGUACAAAUGUCCUAACGGCCAUGUCUAUGCUAUCGGUGAAUGUGGGGGUGCUAUGGAAAAAACCAAAUGUCCUGAAUGCCAUGCAGAAAUUGGAGGCUCUAAUCAUGCACUUACUCAGGGAAAUGCUGUGGCGUCAGAAAUGGACGGUGCACAACAUCCUGCCUGGUCAGAUGCUGCCAACAUGGCAAACUUUGACCUGGAUAACUUUGAAGAUUGAAAUUAUUACUUACUGUUGUCUUCUGUUGCCAGGGUUUUAGUCUGGUUUAGAAACAAAUCAUUAUAUGUGCCAUAUACUGCACAUUUAAAGAUUCAACUUAAAAGUGCUGUACUUAGUGAUUCAAUUAUGUCGUAUAUAUCUGGUAUAUAUAUAGAUAUUACCAGAUGGCUGGCCGAGCUCCUUAUUAAAGUCUAUCGCACACUGGAUGUGAAGCGAUGUGCCUUUUAAACUACUUAACAUUGUUUCCAAUGAGUGUACUGUAUGCACAUCGUUGCCGCAAUUAGGCUUUCUUCUACAUCACUUGGCAGCCUGUAAAAGAAUGUGAAUAUGUGGCGCUGAAAUUCCAAAAAAUCAUGCCUUGAUCGAUUUCAAAAUAAGAGUCCACAUACAUUUAAGGUUUAAUAUAAGCAUAGAUGUAUAUUAUCAUUGCUGUCUCACUAGUAAACCUUGUGGCCAAUCAAAAGAAGUCUGGGGCAUGCAUAAUAAUGGUUCCUUCUGCAUCGUAUCAGUUUGAUUUUACAUUCAUGGGAUUUACAUUGAGGAAACACUAGUGUUUAAGGCUCAUGAAUCCAUUUUUACGUCGGUAUAUCUGGAUUUUCAUUAUAUGUCACCUCAAUAAAUGUGCAUUAGGCUAAUUUCAAACCAGGCUCAUUCUGAAAACGUAGUCCCGCGGACGUUUUUGGAGACUGUGAAUUAUGUAGCCGGAGGUACGUAUGGCUGCAUUUAAUAUUUUAAGCGAACGCUACGGGCGGUAUAACGUCUUUCCUUUUUGCGCUUAUCAGCUGACCGCUUACCUCCAUGUGGAGGGCUUUCCCACCGCAACCAGUUUGUCCAGUUAGCUCGUCGUGUUCGUCAGCGGACUUGAGACGCAGAGAGGAGCUGACCAGGAUGAAAAUGACGACCAUGUUCGAGUCCAGGGAAGAGUGGUUUCAGAAAUCAGGUUAGACAAAAACAGAAUCCAGUUUAUAACAGGGUGAGAAUGUGGUAAAAUCUAAAAAUGUGGUAAAUAUCAGGCGAGGGCUUUUGUUUUUCUGGACGGCUUUUGUAAAUUGUUGGUUGGGUUUAGGGAAGAAAGCGGGUGGGCAGGUCAAUCGGUAAAACUGGUUGGGUUUAGGGAAGGAGGAGGAGGAGGGUGGGUCGGCCGAUUGGCUGGUUGCCUAGUCAAUCAUUUAGCCAGUCAGACAGACAGUCAAUCGACAGCGGUGGGUUUACACGAGAACAGUGAGGACUCGAACGGCACUUGCGAGAGACAUUUGUAAUGUGAAAAAGCGCACAGCUGCCUCUCAAGGAAUCGCGAAAACCAAAACUGCAAAAAUACGUACCUACGGCCACAUAAUUCUUAGUCUCCAGAAACGUUCGCGCUACAUUUUCAGAAUGAGCCUGGGUUGGCUAAUUUAGCCAAACAAUGUCAAUAUUUCAAGGCAUAAAAAAAAAAAAAAAAAAACUUGCCCAUACACCAAUAGGACCUUGCUCCUUUUGAUAUUUUGAUAUUACUGUUACUAGACACGCCCCUUACUUCUGAUUGGCUGAAAAUGUCUAUUGUAACGACACCAUUGUCAGAAGUGUAGUUCAGAUAUUGAUUUGUGUUGCUUUAAGUGCUGCUUUUAAUAAGAUAAGGAGAUAGUUGUAGCCUUUUAAAAAAGCAAGUUGUGAUUUAAAAAUCAGUUUACCUAAAAAUGAAAACUUGCGCUGACACAGUUCCUAACUUUUAAGACUUUCUUUAUUUUGUUGCACUUAAAACAUAUAUUGAAGAAUGCUGGAGUCUAUUGGCACCAGUAAUAGUUUCAUUUAAUCCAAAUUAUGAUUUUUCUGCGCUAUUUAAACUGAUGGCAUAAUGAAAGGGUAUUUUGCAUUAUUUCCUUGCAUUUAAUUUGAACAUAUAAUCAGAAUAUGUUGUUUAUUUUCCAUGUGGAUGAUAUGUUUUACUAUGCAUAGUCAGUGUGUAGGUGAAGUGCUCCUCCUACACUGAUUUCGAUCCUCAUAUUUAUUUGGUGGAAUCAUUUCGUUUGUAGAUGGCUUUGAAUUACUUCAUGUCAGAUUGUGCUCUGUGAAAUACAUCUUUAAAAAUACGAGAUUUUGGUAACACUUUAGUUGGGGUAAUAAUUCACACCAUUUGCUUUGGCUUAUUACCUGCCGAAUACUAAAACAUUAACUGUUUAUUAGCACUCUCUCACUUAUUUUACUUCCCUAAUCCUACCCUAUCCUAAUCACAACUACUGCCUUACUGAAAAUUAAUAAGCCACUAAUUAGUAAUUAAUUGAGAUAAAAGUCUUAGUUUAUGGUUUGUUGAAUUGUACGUUAAGAUAAAGUGUGACCAAAAUGUUUAAAUAAUGAUAAAACAAGCACAUUUAGCAGCAUAUCUCUGCUUCAAAUAAUGGUAUGUAACCAGUGUCAUAAAUAAACAGAUCCUGCAUGCUGAUUGGUAAAAAUGGGAUGGAUUAAACGCAACACACUUGGAUGUUAACCAAUGAAAUGUGCAAACAUUGCUGUUGCUUACAUGUCAAAACUAUAUGUUUUAAUGCUUAAUAAAAAACAUGCAUAAUUAAAUUUAA